UGCAAGGCGGUGCGUAGUCGAGCCGAGACGGCGGCGGCUGCGGGCGGAGGGUGGGGAGCCGGACUCGUCAGUGCAAAAGAGCGGAGGGGGGGUGCAUCGGGUCUGGGGUUCCUUAAAGGGAAGGGGGCAGACCGGGCACAAGCCCGCAUGAAGCCCACUUCUCACCCAAUCGUAGAGAAAGAAGCUGGUUGGAGAGAAGACACUCCCAGGUUUUUCUGUAGGUGAGAAGCUUUGAAAUCCCAUCAUCUUUCCCAGUCUGAACUUGUCCAGACUUGGACUCAGACCCCUUCGAUCAUGUCCGCCGAAAGAAACCAGUGCUGGGCUGGAAAGGCGAACAGUUGAGCAGAGCCGAGGCCAAAAUGGCGGCCGAGAGAUGGGAGGUGUCCUCCGUGGGCCACCACCCGUACGAAACCCGGGUGGAAAAAGAAGUCAAAAUGGAGGAGUUUGAGAGAAAUGGCCUUGCGCUGGCCGGCCCGACCCGAUUCCGGAAGAGCCCUUAUGUCGUCCAAGCUUUCACCAUAGGGGAGCAUUUUAGCCGGAUGGCAGCCAAGCCAACAGAACAGGACCUCGAGGAGGGGGUUCUGUCACCCUGUUGGGAAGCCCAAUGGCGGGACAUCCUGAAGAACACACCGUCCCCGUAUUCAGGAUGGAGCCACCCCCAUAUCCCGGGGGUCCUGGCUCCUGCGGAAACCAGGGCUGGCGAAGAGCUCCUACAAGAAGAGACGGGUGGACUUCUGGCCCCGGAGAGACCCCUCAAGACCAGCCUGGAUACAGACCCCGCAGAGCAAAGGGAGGAUAGAGAGGUGAAGGGAGAGGGCCGAGCCCAGGAGACCUCCAGCGCAGAACUGCACCGUCAACACUUCCGCUGGUUUUGCUACCAAGAGGCGGAGGGGCCUUGGGACGUCUGCGCCCGUCUGCGGGAGCUGUGUCUCAACUGGCUGCAGCCGGAGCUGAAUUCGAAAGAACGGAUGGUGGAGCUGGUGGUCCUGGAGCAGUUCUUGGCCAUCUUGCCUGAGGACCUCCAGGGCUGGGUAGGAGAAAGCGGGCCGGAGACCUGUGCCCAGGCGGUAGCCCUGGUGGAGGACUUUCUGCUGAGGCAACAAGAGACUGAGAGGUGGAAACAGGAAGUACUGGGAGAGUUUGAAGAAGUAGCGAUGAGUUUUUCAAGAGAGGAUGACGCCGGCGAAAAACAGCCUUGCCGGGAAAUCAAGCAGGAACAGUCCAAUUGGUUGGAUAAGUGGGAGAGUGAGGCUGAAGAGGCCGUGUUUGAAGCGUUGUUGGAAAAAGCUGAAACUCAAGUCCUGGAAGAAAACUUUGGAGAACAAGAGGCACCAAGGUGGGAGCAGAGAUUCCCCAUAGACAAGAGAAGAAAUAACGCCCUUCUUGGUGAGAGCAGGGUCUCUAGUGAGCGUGUCUCGGAGGACAGAGCGCCAACAGGAAAGCGGAGGCAUGUUUGCGCUCUUUGUGGGAAGGGCUUCACUCAAAAAUCCAACCUCAACCGGCAUCACAGAACCCACGUGGGAGGAAAGACAUUUCAGUGCUUAAAAUGCGGCAAAAGCUUCAAGUGGGAAACCAGCUUUAUGCGGCAUCAGCGGUUCCAUACCGGCGAGAAGCCUUAUCCCUGCGUUGACUGCGGGAAAUGCUUUAGUCGGAGCGCAAACCUCAUCAUUCAUCAGAGGAUUCACACCGGAGAGAAACCCCACCAGUGCGCCGACUGCGGGCAGAGUUUUAGCCAGGUUUCCAAUCUCGUUCGACACCACCGCGUCCACACCGGGGAGAAACCUUACAAGUGCCUGGAGUGCGAGAAGAGUUUCACGCAGAAAUCGAACCUUGUCAAGCAUCAGAGUGUCCACUUGGGGGACAAGCCGCCCCGGCGCUCGGCUAAUGGGAAGAGGCUCAGUCAGAGGUCCAGCCAUAAGAGAUUGGACAGGGAUCCCCUUGGAGAAAACCCCUGUCAGUGCUUCAAGUGUGGGAAAAUCUUUUCCCGGAGAGGCAACCUCCUCAGGCAUCAGAGCAUCCACACAAAAGACAAGCCGCACAAAUGCCUCGAGUGCGGGAAGCGGUUCAACCAGAGGACCAACCUGAACGCCCAUCAAAGGAUCCACACCGGGGAGAAACCGUACCGAUGUCCAGACUGUGGGAAAAGUUUCCGUUGGAGGGCGCAUCUCAUCAUCCACAAGCGCUUGCACACCGGCGAGAAGCCGCACAAAUGCGCCGACUGCGGGCAGAGCUUCAGCCAGCGGUCCAAUCUGGUGAGGCACCUCCGAAUCCACACGGGAGAGAAGCCGUACAAAUGCUUGGAGUGCGAGAAGAGCUUUGGCCAGAAAUCCAACCUUCUCAAGCACCAGAAGAUUCACACGGGGGAAACUGCCCUCCCUCGGCCAAGCGGUAAUGUCAGACGGGACCAAACGGGAGAGGAACCCUAUCGAUGUUUCCGGUGUGGGAAAAUAUUCACCCGCAGGGGGAACCUUUUGAGGCACCAGAGCAUCCACACACGAGAAAAACCUCACAAGUGCUCCGAGUGUGGAAAGAGAUUCAAUCAGAGAGCCAACCUCAUCAGCCAUCAGAGGAUUCACACCGGAGAAAAACCCUUCACCUGCCUUGACUGUGGGAAAUGUUUUCGGCAGAGCCCGCACCUGAUUAAACAUCAGAAAGUCCACACUGAGGAGAAGGCGUCCCACCACCAUAGCUCGGAUCACGGGGCGAGCAUCAGCCUUGAGCCAGGCCACAGGAGCCACGAGAGGAUCUACCUGAGAGGCAAUCCGUAUCAGUGUAUGACGUGCGGGAAGAUGUUUAACUGGCAAUCAAAUUUCAUCCGCCAUCAAAAAAUCCACGCCGGCGAAGAACCUCGCCAGUGCUUGGACUGCGGGAAGAUGUUCAACCGGAGGAAGAACUUUGUGGCGCAUCAGAGAAUCCACACGAAAGAGAAGCCUUACCAGUGCACUGAGUGUGGGCAAACCUUCACCUGGGAAGCGCACCUGGUGAUCCAUCAAAGAAUCCACACGGGAGAAAAACCUCACACCUGCGUGGAGUGCGGGCAGAGUUUCAGCCAGAGGUCCAACCUCAUCCGCCAUCAGAGGAUCCACACGGGAGAGAAACCCUACGCUUGCUCGGAGUGCGGGCAGAGUUUUACGCAAAGGACACACCUUGUGGUGCACCAGAGAAUCCACACGGGGGAGAAACCCCACACCUGCGUGGAGUGCGGGCAGGGCUUCAGCCAGAGGGCUCACCUGAUUGUCCACCGGAGGAUCCACACGGGAGAGAAGCCGUAUCGGUGCGCGGACUGUGGACAGGGCUUCUGCCAAAGAUCCAAUCUCACCAGACAUCAGAGAUCCCAUGACUGCGAGAAACGAAAACAGGAGAUAGGGAGGCAUACUCCGCUGGAGGCGUGUGUGGUUUGAGUCUCGGUCCCCCCAGCGUGGGGCAUGAGGGAGAACGGGCGUGGUCAGUCGGUAUGGACACUGGGCGGGGGGGGGGUGGGAACAAACCA